GAGUGUUAAGCUGCACAUGGACUGGUGACAGUCCCACUUGUACCACGGCCCUCGGCUACUUGUUUGACAAGAAGGUGACCUCUCACCUCACGCUCCAGAUUCCCAGUGCACUGGAGGUCCACGAAGGGACGUACAGCUGUCAGACAGCGAGCGCUGUCUCUUCUAAGACCUGCUCGUUCGCUCUUGAGCAAGAUAACGGAUAUAAAGGAAAAGCAAGCUGCAAUAUUUCAAGUGUCAAGGAGAACGAACCUGCAACAUUGACUUGCGUCUUCAGCUCCGAUAUCAGUGUUACUAAAGACAACUUUGAAGUGGUCCGUCCUGAUGGCAAAGGCUCUAAUGUUGCAAGUUGCACCUGGACAAAGGGCAAACUGGAGUGUACCACAGCCACAGGAUUCGACGUCAACAAAACAGUCACAGAUCACGUGAUCAUCAGAUUAUCACAAGCCACACCUGAUCACACCGGACAAUAUGCUUGUCGUCUGCAAGGCUCUGAUGACGGCGGCUUCACGCCGUGUGCUUUGAUCGUCAUGGCAGGAGACCCUCGUGAUGAAUUUUAUGCAGCUGUAGUUGCAGGGAUUGUUAUUACACUGCUGGUUGUGAUAGCAUUAAUAACUGCUAUUCUUUUUGUACUGUGGAGAAGAGGUAAAAUUGUGUGCAAGCAUCCUCCGUUCCUACAAAGAUUCUCUAAGAAACAAGAAGAGUCUGAAGAGGGUCAGUCAAUGAUGCCCAAAAAGUCUUCGCAGGAGAUGGAUGAGACGACAGAGAAAUUUCUGACCUACCUGUCUGAUGAUUUCAUAAAAAUGUAUCCUGACUUCGACACAAAAUCGUAUCUUGUGCCACCGCUGUACUUUAACAGCAACACAUACAUAGAAGGUAACAUCGGUGGACAACAAGUGUACAUCACACAGCCACCCGAUGAGGAGACCGUGAAACAUGACCUGGCGAUGGCUCGUGUCCUCCACAGUCUCCGUCUCUUGGUGGAGCAGGAGGACCAGGAUGUGAUGUUUGUCAUAUCACAGUUUAACUACGACAACUACCUGGCUACACCAGGACAAGACUUUCUCAGCCACAAGCUGCCCAUGCCUGCGGGUCUUAUAGGGCAAGAAAAACAUUUUGGGGACUUUGACAUUCUUAUCCUUCAUCGCAAUCUCGGGGUACUGGUUGGGGUGGUCAAAGCUUGUAGUGAUGAUCCAGGUACGACAAAUGACACAAUCAUUGUCGAGGAGAUGAAAAAAGGCUGGGAGGAGCUGAACAAUGCAGACCGCAUGUUAAAACAUCUUUUGUCUUCUGAACAGAAUGAAAUUGUUGUACACAAAUUACUGAUGUUGCCAAAUGUAUCUCAAGACCGCCUUGAAAGCGUAUUACUAGGUAACCACGAUAUGACAAAGGAUCUAGCUACAUGCCUUGGAAUUUCAGACCCUUCUUAUCUUCAUAAAGAAUGUCUGUGCACGGAGCAUUUGGAUGAUGCCGAUUGGAUUGGGUUAGGACUUGAGCUGAAGAAAUUGUUAAUUCGUCGAUUGAUGAGGUCAGACGAUAAUACGCCAUUUAGCGCCGACCAGUAUGUGGCGAUAAUUUCCAGGUUCUGCGGACCUGCCACACCCUGGUCCUUAAAGAUUCCAGGUGGUCCUCGAAAAGCUGUUCUGUCCACGGCAUUCAAACACUCGCUGAGCAUGACGGGAGAUUUAUUCUGUGCGCCAGUCCUGCAGCCCGAGCAGUGGGAUGCUCUCAAUGACCACAGUCCUCGUGUGUUUCUCACAGGGCCGCCAGCUUCAGGGAAAACAAGGAUGCUUGUGUUGACAGGAAUACGAUGGAUGGCCGAAGGUCACACAGUCCACGUCAUGUCCACUUGUGAUGAAAGUCGGGCAGCUACGGAGAUGAUACACGUAGAGCUGUCGAGGGUUUUACAUGAGAAACAAUUACCAGGAGCAGUCAUUCUAGUCCCCUUCGAGAACGAAUGCAUAACAGAAGGAGUUAUACAAAUGACAGAAAAGGCUGCUGAUGGAUAUUUGUAUAUUAUUGCUGAUGAGCCCGAGUCUUACAAGAAACAACCGGAAUUUAGGGCUUUUGUGGACCGUCUACAAAAAGAAGUUCCAGAACUUUACCUACGUGCUGCCAGUUAUUUUCAAGAAAACGUCCCGGUCUGCUGCAAGACACAAACCUUUACCAAGAGUUUAACCUGUCCACCAUCAAUUCUCUUGCAAGCGGAUGUGACAAAAGUUUUCUCUGAAUGUGGCAUCACUGCGUGGAGACCUGACAUGAGAACAACAGCACCCACAGAAGGUCCACCAAUUAAAUUUGUGUACCACAGCAACGAGGGGCACAAUGGGAGUCAUCCAGGUGUCUGUGGAGAAUGUGCAACAGAAGUGAAAGAAUUUCUACAAACUUUACACAUCUGUAACGAAGCUGAUUGUUCCCGGGAGACUGAGGGCUUGUCGCACCUUCAUUAUAAAGGCAUACUAAUUUUGUAUGAAAUUACUGAUGACCCCAUUACCACUCCAAUCUAUAAAGUGCUGAUGGAUGCAGGUAUAAAAGUUAAAGUCCUCGACAAGGACCAUCCUGUACUGAGUGCUAUGAGAGCCACAAAUGACAAGGUGUUAAUAACUAGAGGGAGACACGUGCUCGGGAUCAAAAAGAAAGUUGUUAUUUAUGUGCAAGGAAAAUGGAAAUUAUUUCAAGACAUGCCUCAACACUGGAAACGAUUGCGAGGCCUGACCAGCUGUACCUCUCAGCUAGUCUGGGUACGAACUAAAACACUGUAA